UUGACAGCUGAUCGCUGGCCUGAGGAGCCAGCUGUUUGUCUGUCUAUAAAAUUGUACACUUUUAGACUCGCCUUACAUUCCAUAAUCUAUAUGUAAAGUUAAAUCUAUUAAUGCACGCACAUUGUAGCAACGGAAUCUGAUCAAGAUGAGCAAGACUGAGUGGGAGAGCAACGAGGAAAUUAAUAUUUUCCGCGAAUAUCUGCGCAUUCCAACGGUGCAUCCAAAUGUUGAUUACACCGCCUGUGUGGAGUUCUUAAAACGUCAGGCAGCCAGCCUGGGCCUGCCCGUGGACGUCGUCUAUCCCGUGAACGAAGCCAACCCCGUUGUGGUAAUGAAAUGGCUGGGCAAGCAGCCGGAACUACCCUCAAUAAUUCUGAACUCGCACACGGAUGUCGUGCCCGUCUUCCCUGAUAAGUGGACCCACGGGCCAUUCAGUGCCGAUCUGGAUGACGAAGGUCGCAUCUUUGCCCGCGGCUCGCAAGACAUGAAGUGCGUUGGAACUCAAUAUCUGGGUGCCGUUCGCGCCCUCAAGGCGAGUGGCUUCCAGCCGAAGCGCACUGUCUAUCUCACCUAUGUGCCCGACGAAGAGGUCGGAGGUCAUUUGGGCAUGCGCCAGCUGGUGAACAGCGACUACUUCAAGAAGCUUAAUGUCGGCUUCAGCUUCGACGAGGGCAUUUCCAGUGAGGAUGAAACAUACGCCGUGUAUUAUGCCGAGCGAACCUUGUGGCAUCUUAAGUUUAAGAUCAGCGGAACUGCUGGUCACGGCUCUCUGCUGCUGCCGAACACCGCUGGCCAGAAGCUCAACUACAUUGUGAACAAGCUGAUGGACUUCCGCGAGUCGCAGGUGAAACGACUUGAAGAAGACCCCAACAUUGACAUUGGAGAUGUCACCACCGUUAACCUAACCCAACUGGGCGGUGGUGUCCAAAGCAAUGUGGUGCCGCCGUUGCUGGAAGUGGUCUUUGAUAUUCGAAUCGCCAUCACUGUGGACAUCGUUGAGUUUGAGAAGCAAAUUCGCGAUUGGUGCGAAGAGGCCGGAGGCGGCAUUGAACUGGAUUUCGAGAUGAAAUGUCCCUUUGUCCAGCCCACCAAGAUAGAUGAGUCGAAUUUAUAUUGGGUGGCUUUUAAGAGAGCCUUAGACGAGCUUGGCUUGAAGACUCGCUACCGUGUCUUUCCGGGCGCCACCGACAGCCGCUACAUUCGCCAUGUUGGCAUUCCGGCUCUGGGCUUCUCGCCAAUCAACAAGACUCCCUUGCUGCUGCAUGAUCACGAUGAGUUCUUGCGUGCGGACACCUAUCUGAACGGCAUCGAGGUUUACAAAAAGCUCAUACCAGCUGUGGCCAAUGUCUGAAUGAAAACCAUAUACGGCAUUCUAAUAUUUCAUUCCAAUUAUAUGUGCCCAAAUUAAUAACACAAUAAAACUGCAGAGUCGAAUCACAAUUUAAUGAAA